AUGUCCAACAGUCCAGAGGUUCGUGAUUACUUGGAGAGCGACUGGUCAAGCUUCCGACGCAUAAUAGAAGAGCAGGUCGGGGUGAUUCCAAAUGAGGAAGAUGUGACAAAGUCAAGAAAUGCAGAGUUGGACUCAGCCAUCUCGCAGGGUCGCGAGCUUGUUGACGCAACACCAGAUGGCCACACAGAUAAACCGGACAAGUUGUAUUCCCUCGGAAAACAGCACCAGAAUCGAUACCUGAGCUUUUUACCUUCAAGACCCUACUUGAGUGGCCACUUGAGUCACGAUUAUCAGAAGGGAAAGGCAGCGGAAAUAGCAGAGGCUGUGCGAUUAUUUGAAGAGGCACUCGCGAGGCAACCAGAAAGACAUCCCGUGAGGCCACUUUGGCUGCAUUCUCUCGGAGAAGGAUUACAGUCACUAUAUUUCGAAACCGGUAAGAUAGAUAAACUCGAGACUGCUAUUGUGAGGCUGGAAGAAGCAGUAAACGCAACACCGCACUGUGACUCCUUCCUCGCAGAUCGCCUACACUCACUGGGGUCUGCCUAUCGCAGCAAGUAUGACUUUACCGGAACGAUCGAGGAUUUGGAAUUAGCAUUCCAACAUCAUCAGAGAGCAGUCGAUUCCACGCGCUCGGAUGAUGCAGAGUGGACGAAUCGGCUGUUUAACCUUGGGGAUCUGCACUUCACUCGAUACAAACGCUUGAAUGCAAUCGCGGACUUGGAAGCAGCCUUUGAAAAGUUCCAAAACGUAACUGGGGCGACCCAAAACGGCGAUCUCGAACAAGCAACAAGAUUGCAAGCUCUGGCAACUGUCUUGUAUGAGAGGCACUUGAGGCUGAAUUCCAGCAAGGAUCUCGAUAUGUCCAUCAGCCUUUUUGGCGAUGCGCUUAAUGAAUCGCGGACUCCCCUGCUCCGGGCUCAUAUGCUCCAUUCGAUUGGUCUAGCUUAUCAAGCCAAGUUCCGUAAAGAGCGAGCACCGACAUGGAUCAACAUGUCGAUUGCGUAUCACCAAAGGGCCCUCGAUGCAAUGCCUAGCGACCAUAAAGGACGGGGAGAGUUGCUACAUUCUCUAGGUGAAAGCCACUGUCUCAAGUACGACUCGGGGGCAAGCAAAGGAACAACUGACAUAGACAGUGCAUGCCACCUAUUUCAAGAAGCGCUGGAUGCGACUGCAAAUGAUGUACCGGAGCGAACAAGACGCCUCCAUUCUCUUUGUAUCGCAACUAUCUACCAAGCUGUGGAGUCAGGGCGUGCACCGAGUACAGUGCAGAUCCUACAACACCUGCAUGAAGCAUUUGCUAAUGCCUCAUCCCCAACUUCGAGCCGAGUUCGUGUAGGGAAACAGCUAUACGCCCUGCAUGUCGAAUGUGAAGAAUGGCCACUCGCCGCGGAAGUGGCCCAAAUGACUAUUUCCCUGAUUCCCAGACUCGCGCCUCGCUCUCUGGAGAAUUCAGACAAGCAGAAUCUACUCACGGAGUUGGCCGAUAUAGCCUCUGAUGCUGCCGCACUGGCCUUGAAGACAGGCAAACCCCCUUAUGAGGCCAUUCGACUCCUGGAACUUGGGCGUGGAGUACUCGGUGGGUCGCUGAGGGAACUACGCACGGAUAUAUCUAAGCUUCAAGUGAAGAAUCCUCAAUUGGCAGAGGAGUACUGUCGAAAUCGAGAUCAACUGGAGGCCUCGACAUCGUCCGCUGAUAGGUUCAAUCAGCGAUAUGAGGCUGGACAGAACAUUGAGCGAACGAUUCAAGCCAUUAGACAACUUCCCCAGUUCGGUCGAUUCAUGAUGGGCCCUUCUGAAGAUGAAAUGAAAGCCCUCGCUGAUAUGGGACCGAUUGUCAUUAUCAAUGUCAGCCACUACGGUUGUCAUGCUCUUAUCGUGGAGAAGAGUGGCAUCAAAGCAUUGAAACUUCCAGCCUUGAGGAAAGGUGGUCUGAGAUUUCGCGGAGUAAGCUUGAACCUGUUGGGUUGGCUAUGGGAUGUAAUUGCAGAUCCCAUUCUCAACGUGCUUGGAUUCACGGAGACACCAAAGGACCAGUGGCCGCGUAUGUGGUGGAUUCCUACUGGACGCCUGGUCAAAUUCCCUCUUCACGCAGCAGGGCAUCAUGUCGACGGAUCGUCACGAGUAGUCUUGGAUCGGGUCAUUUCAUCCUACAGUUCCUCUAUACAAGCACUCAUCCAGAACUACCAAAACCAUUCUACAGCAAGGCAUCUCAAAGAACUAGGCAAGAUCCUCCUCGUCGGCAUGGAAAGGACGCCAGGUCACAUGAACCUCCCGUUCGUUCGGGGGGAAAUCGACAAGGUACGAAGCAUUUGUGGGUCCAUGGAGGUCCAUGUAGGUGGAGGUGACUCUUCUUUAGAGUACAUCCUAUCGGCCUUGAAGGACUGCGACAUCUUCCAUUUUGCGGGCCAUGGCCAUACCCACCCAUCAGACCCCUCAUAUAGCUCUUUGCUUUUAGGUGGCGGUGGCAAGCAGCUCACUGUAUCAACUCUCCUGAAGAUGAAUCUCUGGACCCGGAUGCCGUUUCUCGCGUAUCUAUCCGCGUGUGGAACCGGGCGGAUGAAUCAUGAUGCGCUUAUCGACGAGGCCCUUCAUCUUAUUAGUGCUUUCCAACUUGCCGGCUUUCGACAUGUGAUUGGCACUAUGUGGGAGGUUAAUGACGAGUUAUGUGUGGACGUGGCGGGGGCUACUUACCAGUGGAUGAAGGGCCACGAUAUGAGUGAUGUUUCGGUGAGUGAGGGUCUUCAUCGAACGGUCCGAGAGCUUCGUGCCAAGUGGGUAACAGAAAAUGAGUUUCGAGCGGCUAAGCGCAUGUCAAAGAGUCUAGAAAGAGACAGCAUUGAUUACCAUCGGACAGAGUCUUUGGAAGGGUUGGCAAGGGACAUGAUCUUCAUCCCAGAAGAGGAGUUGCCACUUUCUUGGGUUCCAUAUGUCCACUUUGGCUUUUAA